UGUCAUCAUCGAUGGAAACAAGAAAAUUCCAAACAAUCCAGAUUGACCACGUCAAGAACAAAAGUUGAGCCAGCUGGCAGAAAGUCGUGAUUCUUUUUUGUGAAAAACUAUUAACUGAUAACUAAUUAUCGCCACGCGAUGUGUUUAGCGUCUUGUCAGUAAAAUUUAAGUUUUCCGAAAUGUGUUGCGUAUGCGAAGAAACAUCACCUAAUAUAAUGGGAUUCCGCAGGAGAUCCCAUACGAUGGGAAUUGGUUCUGAUUCAAAAAAAUGGCGCGCUCGGAUGAAUGGUUAUCACUAUUUCGUCAUCUUUCUUUGUGGCUCGCUCGUAUCUCUGCUGAUGUUUGCCCUGUUACACUAUGUCCCAAGUUAUCGGUCGCUUCCGUCUCGCGUUGCACCACACCAUCUACCGGAUGGGCGUUUCUUACAGAUAGCGGAUGAGGUGCGAGUGCUAGAACCUUACAUGUCAGCAAUCAAAAUUCCCGAUCGUAUUGAUGCCACCGAAACGUCGAGUGGUCGGAAUGACCAGUACGAUACUAAUGAGCAGGAAGCGCUGAGUUCACUGAAGAUGGCCACGGAAAUGAAAUUGAUGGGAAAGGACGAUAAAGCGCUUCGACUGUUUCAGCAUGCAUUAGCUCUAUCGCCGAAGCAUCCGGAAGUGCUAACGAAGUAUGGUGAAUUUCUGGAACAUUGCCAGCAGGAUGUUGUUACUGCAGACCAUUAUUAUUAUCAAGCACUAACCGUGAAUCCUGCAUAUUCGGAUGCAUUGGUUAACAGGCAGAGAACAGCGAGGAUUGUAGAACACUUGGAUCAGAAGAGGUUCGAACGGUUAGAUCAAAAACGUGAUGCUCUUUCGUCGGUUCACGCUAUGAAUGCUGCUUUGAAGCGUGCAGAAAAAGAAGCGUAUAUCCAGCAUAUCUAUCAUUCGGUGGGUAUUGAGGGGAACACAAUGACUUUGGCACAAACUCGGUCGAUUUUGGAGACGAAGAUGGCUGUUGAUGGGAAGAGCAUUGAUGAACAUAAUGAGAUUCUUGGGUUGGAUGCAGCUAUGAAGUACAUCAAUGCAACGUUGGUCAAUAAGAAUGAUUUUAUAACAAUGAAAGAUAUUUUGGAGAUACAUCGGCGCGUUCUGGGUCACGUUGAUCCAAUCGAAGGAGGUGAAUUCCGUCGUACGCAGGUCUACGUUGGGGGUCACAUACCUCCCGGUCCCGGAGAUUUAUCGAUUUUGAUGAACCGAUUUGAAGUUUGGCUUAAUUCAGAACAAUCUUUUUUGUUGCAUCCGGUCAAGUAUGCAGCCAUGGCACAUUAUAAGUUGGUCCACAUUCAUCCGUUCAGUGAUGGAAAUGGUCGAACGUCCCGUUUACUGAUGAAUACUUUGCUAAUGAGAGCGGGUUACCCUCCGGUUAUUAUUCAAAAGCAGCAUCGGCACAAGUAUUACGAUUAUUUGCAAAUUGCUAACGAUGGCGAUAUUCGGCCAUUUGUGCGAUUCAUUGCGGACUGCACCGAGAGAACUCUGGACUUGUAUCUCUGGGCGACGAGUGAUCUUUCCAAUCCGAUUCCUCUGUUGGCUCAGGAAAGUAUGGCCAAAGGAAUUCCGCUGAUCGACGGGUUUGAAGAGAACGUGUCCACGACAACGGAAAGUGGCGGAACGGGGGACACUAUACGGAUAGGAACCAUUUGAUAUUUGCUUGGAUCGUUGCUUAUUAUCGCUCUAGUGAUACUUCUCUUGUACCGGAAACCACAUCCAGUAGUGAUGCUGGUGACGGUAUAGAAUCGAACGUUCCUUUCCUUGCGUCAGAAAACCUGAGACAAAUUGCGAUCGUCGCUAAGGUAAGCAAAUAGUUAGGGCAUCAUCCUUGUUGAUAUUUUAAAGAGAUUUAGGCUUUUCAACAUGCUGUCCCGUUGGGGGGCUUUUUCAUUGUUCUCAAGCAUAUAGGCACUAGGUUAUCCAAUUUAUAAAUAUCAAAGUUACAGGAAAAUUACUGUGUAUAUAGAAAAUCGUCUACUUUAGGUUUUGUAAAUAUAUUGCACGUUAGAAUAAUGGUCUGCAAAGCAAAAUUAUUUUUAAAACCUUACAAAUGCGCUGGGUACGCACAACAUAUGAAUUCCGAAUGAAAGUAGACUUAUAAUCAACUAGUUGAUGUAGAUAAUGUUUCACCAGGGUUUUGAAUAUGAUUUUUUAUGCUAACUUUAUUUAAUCAACUGUGUUAAUCAGAACAAAAUAGAAUUUAUGAAUGAAUUGUUAACUUUAUGUGCAUGUUAUGUUAUUAUUUAUCCGGUAUGAUUAACAAUUUGUCAACUAGUUUUCUGUCUGUGAUCUUAGUAGCGUUUUUUAAACAAGAAUAAAUAUAAUUAAUGAGAAAUGAAAUCAGCAAACGUUCUUUGAAUGAUA